UUUUAUGCAGUGUUGAGUCAUGCCGCGUGCUAGCUUAUGCAAGCCGUUUACUGCCUAGCUGGCUACGUAUUCAAAUUUCUCAUGAUCCGUUUUAAUUGUUUGUGUCUAGGUAUCUAUGCAUCCAUCCAUCCUUGGUGUAGGUUUACUCAUCGUGACGUGAUACGUGCUCUGACACCGGAAGAGCCGAGAAAGAAAACAGUUGUGUGAAUGAGUCGUGUUUGUUGCACUUUAAGACUUCAAUAACUUGAAAUAUCCGGACAGUAUGGCAGUUGACUGGCUCGGGUUUGUCUAUGCAGCUACUAUUUUAUUCGGAGGCUUUAUGGGAUAUAAGAGAAAAGGAAGCUUGGUGUCACUCAUUGCGGGAUUAUUUUUCGGUGGCAUAUCUGCAUAUGGGGCCUUUAGAAUAACUAUGGAUCCACAGGACAAAUGGACCUCACUUACUGCUUCUGGUGCUCUGGCAGUUGUGAUGGGAAUAAGAUUCAAGAACUCUGGAAAAUUAAUGCCUGCAGGUAUUAUGGCUGGAUUAAGCCUCAUGAUGGUCGUGCGACUGCUGAUCCUCUGAACAUGACAUGAAGCUUCUUCAACUACAGCUUUCCUGGCAAUAUUGUUAUACACACACACACGCACACACAGCACUGCAUCAACCCCUCACUAAUUACAUACUGAUUGAAUCAUGACACUUCAUGUGAUCAUGUUAAUCAUUUUGAUCGCUCAUCUUGUACAUUCCAAAUAAAGCCAAUUUUAGUAUUUUUA